CGGUGAGAUGUUGCUCUUAUAUCUAAUGAAACGGAUUCGUGGGGCUAUAUAAGUUGGCCAUGAUGACAACUUCUCAUUGGACGGAACAGACCUCGUAACGACGCCCGCUGGGCUCAGUACAACUUGUGCUAGAAGUGACCUUGCUCUUCCGGACGAUGCUGGCAGCCGAGGCUGCGUGUCCCGCGCAGCAGUGCCUGUCCAAGUGCACCCGCCUGAGGGUGACGGUCGUUUACACGGCACUGCUCCUCCUGUCCGCCAGCAUGGUCUCCGCACACAGCACGACGCUCAAGCACGACCUCCACAUCGGCCACAGCGUGGACAACAGAAGUCCAGAGAUCGACCCCUUCUGGUACGUCGGCCGAGGCGUGAGACCCAUCGGGAGAUUUGGGAAGAGGCAGAGCGCCAGCGGGGGCUUGAGACCCCUGGUGAACAGCCUGGCGCUGCUUCUCGGCGGUUUGAGGGCCAAAGAUCUGCAGAAGCUCCCCAACGCGCUGAUCGGCGAGGACGCCCACUGGUUGCCAUGACGACGGGCCGCCAGCUGCCACGCGGAUCAUCCCCCAUUUCAGUCGCAUAGCCCCAUGGAUGAUUCCUCAUGCGACAAAUACUCGCACUAAGUGUUUUAAAUUUUAAAAAUGCAAAUCUGAACUGGGUGUAACAUACGAGUAUUUCCAUAUACAAUAAUAAAGGUAAAUUCUUUGCACAAUUUUGACAGUUGACAAUUGAUAUUUAAUUUCACUGUCAUUCGAUCAUAUCUGAGUAAAUAAUGAAAUGCUGUACUUAACUACAGGAUACUAAAAUGACGAACAGUUAGUUAAUUGUGAGUUAAUUAAAUGUUCUGACCGUUUGGUGAUGAAGGCUCGGAAGCGGAGAUUACGAUGAAAAUCAGAUCUAUGGCAUCUUAUCCCCGACGAUCGCUGCGUUGGUCGCAUAAAUGAAUCCCAGUCCGUUUUUAGCAGCUUUUGUCCAGGGUGCUGCCUGGCGCUGGUUUGCUUAGAGUGACAAAAGGCACCGAAAUUUUAUUUCAACCUAUCGCCAGAAUAGACGGAUAUCACUGGGCCAAUUUACUUUUAACUGGAACAUUAUUCGUUUCCUAGCCCAUUCAUCAGAUUAUUUAUAAAGUAUUUGUUUCACCUGAUUUCAGAUGUAUUAACAGCAUAAAGGGAUGGUCUACUAAUAAUACGAAUCCGACUUUUCUUUGUACUAUGUCCUGACUACAGUGUAUGUGAUUAUUAAAAUUCAUAUUUUUGAGCUUA